AACCCCAAAGCAGAAGCAGAAGGAGUCCGCAGAGGAGGAGACUCUCCAUCUAGCAGCUACUCUUGUUUGUAGCUACAUUAGCUUCUAUCAUUAAAUUAACCAGCCUCCACACAGCCUGCUGGACGCACUGGAGGUCUGUCAUCUUGUUAACAAGGAUACCUAACGAGCAGAGCAGCAGUACCACCUCGCUGUGGCUGAUAGAUAUCGGUGUAGAUAUGUGUAAUAAGCUGCAUUGGACACUUCAGCAGCUACCUGGCUGGCAGCCGAUCAACUGACAGCUGUCACCAAACCGAGCUGCUCUAGCUGUAGGUGAGCUAACAGGCUAACAAGUGGAGGGUGUUUUCUCUUGGGCUCAUUGCCUGGCUAGUUUAACUUUGCCUGGUUACUUCCUUAUGAACAUCAUAUCUUAUUAUUCAACACUAUUUGACUCCGCUUAGCUGCUUUAAAUCAUGAGAUAUAACCGAGCAGGAGGAAUAUAGUGAAGUCUAGUUAGUUAGCAUUUAGCUUUAACACUAGCAUUCAUUCAAUUAUUAACAGCAGCUUCAUCUCUUCACCGGGCAGAGGACUGGUUAUAUAUCCAGUCACAGCUGUUGUUUCUAUACUUAUACAUCUUUGGGACUUGGCCGUGCUUUUGGACAACAACAUAAUGAAGAAGUUUUUUGAUUCUCGUCGGGAGCUGGUGAGCUCUGGGCCUGGCCCCGGAGCCGGUGGAGGAGGCGCUGGGUCCGGCGGCGGCGGUGGUUCCUUCAUCGGACGGGUCUUCAGUAUCGGACGAUAUCAAGUCACCGUGGAGGAGAUUGUGGCAGAAGGAGGUUUUGCCAUAGUGUUUUUGGUCCGGACUCAUCAAGGCGUACGUUGUGCCCUAAAAAGGAUGUACGUCAACAAUGAACACGAUCUGCAAGUCUGCAACCUUGAGAUACAGAUUAUGAGGGACCUAGUGGGCAACAAAAACAUAGUUGGUUUCCUGGACUCCAGCAUAACUGCUGUCGGAGCUGGCGAUGUGUGGGAAGUCCUAAUCUUAAUGGACUUCUGUCGAGGUGGGCAGGUGGUCAACCUAAUGAACCAGCGGUUACAGACAGGCUUCACCGAAGCCGAGGUGUUACAGAUCUUUUGUGAUACAUGUGAGGCGGUCGCUCGUCUCCACCAGUGCAACACUCCAAUUGUCCAUAGAGACCUCAAGGUGGAAAAUAUUCUCUUGCAUGACCGGGGACACUACGUGCUCUGUGAUUUUGGAAGUGCCACCAACCGCUUCCAAAACCCUCAGACAGAGGGGGUGCCAGAUGUGGAUGAGGAAAUCAAAAAGUACACUACUUUGUCAUACCGCGCUCCAGAGAUGGUCAACCUCUACGGUGGAAUGGUUAUCACAACAAAGGCAGACAUUUGGGCCAUGGGUUGUCUACUCUAUAAGCUGUGCUACUUCACGCUUCCUUUUGGGGAAAGCUCAGUCGCUAUCUGUGACGGAAGUUUCACUAUCCCAGACAACUCCCGCUACUCCCAGGACAUGCACUGUCUCAUCAGAUACAUGCUGGAACCUGACCCAGAUAUGAGACCAGACAUCUACCAAAUAUCCUACUUUGCCUUUAAGCUGGCACGACGAGAGUGUCCAGUCCCAAAUGUACAUAAUUCACCUAUUCCUGCAAAACUUCCCGAGCCUAUCAGAGCCAGUGAAGCAGUGGCCAAAAAGAGUCAUACCAAAGCCAGGCUCACAGACCCCACUCCCACCAUGGAGACCUCAAUUGCACCUCGCCAACGGCCCAAGGCUGGCCAUGCUCAGCCCCAGCCGAUAUCGGGCAUCCUUCCCAUCCAGCCAGCUCUCACCCCGCGCAAGAGACCCAACGUGGCUGCUGGAGCACCGCAGGCCAUAGGUGUUGGUAUCAAUGUCCCACAUCCAGCUGCAGCCGCUGUCCAAGCUGCUCAACAGGCUCCUGCUGCUCAGGCAUCACCGCAGCCAGCUCAGGCAGCCAACAUGCAGCCACAGGCUACACCACAGCAUCAGCAGCUCAUCAUGAAGCAGCAGCAAGCCUCACCCUUCUUAAGCCCACAGAGCAACCAGCAGCAUCAACUGGUACAGAGCCUCCUCCAGAAGCAACAACAAACAGCGUCUCAGGUGUCAACCCUGCUGCAGUUCAAAGCUAAGCCUGUUCCUCCAGUUAGUGCUCUGCAACACCAGCAGCAGCAUGUAGCCCCUGUCCAUGAAACAGCAGCUUCUCAUCUGACCCCCAUCCCUGAGUCUGCAGUGAUUGGUCCUGCAGCUGACCCAGAGACGGCUGGCCGAGUUCUUCACAAAGUCGGCUCAUUGACGCCCCCCUCGUCGCCAAAGAUGGCCCCUAAGAGCGGCCACAGACGCAUAUUGAGCGAUGUCACUCACAGUGCCGUGUUUGGAGUCCCAGUCAGCAAGUCCACCCAGCUCCUCCAGGCAGCCGCAGCUGAGGCUAGCCUCAACAAGUCCAAAUCAGCCAGCACUACUCCUUCAGGCUCCCCUUGCUCGUCCCAGCAGAGUGUGUAUCAUCCAGGUGAUGUUGACACCCAGUCAGCCCUUACUGCGCCCAACACACAGCCCAACACACAGCCCAGCUGGAACCCCUUUGGGGACGACAACUUCUCCAAGCUAACAGCAGAGGAGCUGCUCAACAAAGACUUUGCAAAGCUAGCUGAGACUGCUGCUCCUGGAGAGAAGAUCACAGGCUCCAGUGAAAAUCUCAUUCCAGGGCUUAAUGCUUUUCCAGCUGAAAGGUCUGCAGACAUCAUGAGUGCAGGUUCAGCGUUGUUGACUGUCCCGGACCCUUUUAAUACCCUCUCCCUCUCUGACACCACAGAGAAGCUGAUUGAGGGACUGAAGUCCCCUGAAACUUCUCUGCUGCUCCCCGACCUCUUAACCCUGGCCAACCCCUUCAAUAGUCCUGCAGAGAGCUCCACCAAUGUGAAGGCAGAGGUGUGUGUGGAUUCACUGAUUCCCGGUCUGGAAGCCCCCCAAGCCCAGCGACACUCAGGCCAUCCAGAGCUCAUCCCCGCCAGCGUGCCAGACUCUCUCACUGGGGAGGACUCUCUGUUGGGUUGCGAUCUGUUAUCUCAUACUUCACCUCACGGAUUGCAGUCUGUUUCUGCUCUCCCUUCCUCCUCCUCCUCCUCCUGCUCCUCUGCUCCUCCUGGCUCCGGAUCCUGUCUGGAGGAGCUGCCGCCUGUUCAGACAGCUUCUGACUCUGCUUUCCUCAUGUCGUGUGGGGAGAAGGGCAAUGACGACGAGUUUGACCCUAUUCCUGUGCUCAUCUCCAAAAACUCAAAUCAAGACGUUCAAGUGGAGAGUAACGGCUACUCUGUGCUUGGUGAGGGACAGGAGACUGAACCUCCAGGUGGAGCUUCUCAAGCAAAUGAGGAAUGUGUGCACUCCAGCGAAGAAGAUGAAGAUGAAGAGGAAGAUGAAGAGGAAGAGGAAGAUGAAGCCCAUAAAGAAGAGCAGGGGGUUGAGGGAGCCAUCGAAAGUCAUGCAGCAGCCCAUGACUGCAGCGGCUCCAGACCUCUGCUGAUGGACUCUGAGGAUGAAGAAGAACAGGGACUUCACUCAGCCCUCCUCCACUCAUCACCGCACUCCAGCAGCGCCGCACCGACGCAACCAUCUACUACCUUCCACCAACCUCCUCCGAGCACCUUUGCUCAGAAUCACUCCCAGCAUGCACUGGAGCCAGCAAAAGGGGCGGAUAUAGCCGUGGAUGUUUUCUCAAAAGCCCCCUUUCGGUUUGCCCAAGAAGAAGCAGCAGCAGCCGACGUGUUUGCCAACGCUCCGUUUCCUCGCGCACCACUCGCAGCUCUGCAGCCGUUCGACGUAUUCUCUCAGGCUCCCUUCGGGAAAAGAAAGGAGGAUACAGGAGCUCAGGCCUCGUAUCCUCAUGCAGCUGGAGUUCAUGCUGUGACCCCUGAUCAAGGUGCGUUGGGACAAGUCGCCCAACAACCGUUCCGCCCACAAGCUCUGGCCAAAUAUUCCCGACACUUUGAGGGACCCGUGUCCCAGCAGCAUCCCGUAGCAGCUCAUCGAGUAGUGUCUAACGUGAGCAAGCAAGCCGCUGUGGCGUCGGUCCCCGUUGGACCUCUACACUCAUGGACCUCAGAAGUGAGCACCGUAGACCCUUUUGUCUCUGCACCCUUUCGCCUCAAGGCCCCGCAAGAAAAGCCCUGAAAGCACACUCAAGAGGUCAGGGCACUGGGCAUCAGCGCUCAUCACUGAAUUAUGCAAACUAUAACAGGCAUACUGCAUGCUGUCACCAGCACUGCAGCUGGACUGCAGUUCCUGCAUGGAUCUCAUUCUUAACUGGCUCCAAUUAGUGAUAGUGCAGCAAGGUCAUCUUUACACUUGAAUGCUCUGUUAGAGUAAAAAAAAAAAAACUGACAUCAUUCCGCUUUUUAUUUUUCCUGUCACAUCCUUUUACCUUUUUGAAUUGUCCUUAAUCAUUUUGGUACGUGCAUCUACACAAAGACAAUAUGGUGGUCAAGCAUUUGAUUGUUUUCUUGCCUACCUCAGUUAUUUUUUCGUGACAGCGCCGCUAAAACACCACACAGCGAGGGAGUUCCUAGAUUGUCUGCAGCUUUGACCGUUUCAUUUCCUGUGUGUUUGAGCUUUACUGUGAAACUAUGAUCUGAUUACGCCUCAUUCCUCCAUUGUAUUAGUUCUCAGAAAUGUGCGAUUCGGCUUGAAUCGCAAGAUCAUAACUUCACAGAUGCUUGGAAGAGGAAAAGACACUGUAAAGAUGUCUCAGAGGAAUUUACCUGUAAUAACAGCAAACAAGAAAUUACAACUAUGCCCUCAAAGUCGAUAGUUUUGGGCCCGUUUGGUCUUUAUACUUGACCGUUUUUAUCAGGCAGAUGCUGGAUACUGAUGCAAAGACAUUUCAAGGAUAACAUUUGUUGAUAUGAAAUGUAACUUUUGUUUCAUUCCAAACUGUUUUUGCAUUUUGUCUUGUGUUAUGUUUGUGGUAAACUGUCCUGUCCGACGAAAAUGUUAUUCCAUGUAAUGUACGAACCGUGUUUAAAUGUUAGGCAUAGAAAAUACAUUAUAGUAGUUCCUAUGUUAGAUGAAUGUAGAAGACUCACUUUUCUUUGUUUCUUACUUUACAAGAAGCCUUACACUCUCACAGUACGUCCUUCCGACCACAUCAGCGUAAAUCACAUCUGCCUUUGGUGCCCUCCUUUUAAAAAAAACUGCUGCAUUUACAUCAUGUUAUUGCACUCGCAUUCAGCACCAAAUACUCCUGUACAAUCAUGUACGACUUCCUUUUGCUGUCUGCAGUACGCUAAGCACCAAGAUUUUCAUUCUACUCUGUAAUGCAUCUCUAUCGCAGGUCUCUAUAAACUCCAAAUGUGUACUACUAACUGUGACUCUCACUUAUGAACAACUGAAGUGAAAACUUUCAACUGCAGCUUAUAAAAAACAAAAUGCUUUCCAGCAGCCACACAAAUAUCUACAGCACUUAUGCUUCGCAGUUCCAGUCAGGGAUUGUAAUAGUAGUAUCUUGUAAGUGAGAUCUUGAAUGGUGACUGAUUGAUGAUGACAUUACUUUUGAAUUUAUUUCCAUCGCCAUUUGGGAAUAUGUUAUUGUCUUUGUGCUCUGUAAAAUCAUGAAACACUCUAGGUUUUCCACCAUGGCACUUUUAAGAAAGGGGAUCCAACCUGUUUCAGCCCAAAGUUUAAUUCAUGUAUUCCUCUGUUGCAAUGUAAACGGAUCUGUUUUCUUUUCUUUUUGAACUGUACAAUCUUUUUUUUUUUUUUUUUAUAUAUAAAUGCUCACUUUUCUCACCCAACUUGUAUACAUGAAGGUUGCACAUAGUCACUGACACAGAGUCAGGGUUCCCUAAGAAUGUCUUUUGAUUGUAACAGCUGUAAAAAUGUAUUUCAACCAGUGUUGUAUGGGAAGUCUUUGGAGGAUUCAACAACUGAUGAUACUGUUGGACAAAAAAAAAGCACUCGAAAUACUUGUUAUGCUGCACAGCCUGCCUUUGAAAACUAUGUUGUAAGUCAUUAAAAAAAAAACUAUUAAAUGAAUGUAAAUCAAA